AAGUGAGUGCCGCGCUUCCGGUACUGCAGACAUGGCCGAGAAUACAAUAACAGUGACUGUUGCCUACGGCACGGCCAAGCACGCCAUCACGCUGACUGGGAAGGACGGCGAUGAACCGGUGUUAAAAGAUCUGUCAGAAACGCUGGCUGAAAUGACCGGAGUCCCAAUACCAUCGCAGAAAAUCAUUUUCAAAGGGAAGUCACUGCGGGAGAUGGACUCUUCCCUAUCCAGUUUCGGAAUAAAGCAGGGCUGUAAACUUAUGAUGAUCGGGAAGAGGAACAGCCCGGAAGAAGAGACGGAGCUGAAGAAGCUGAAGGAUAUCGAGAAGUCCGUGGAACUGACGUCUAAGAAGCUGGAGAAAGUGGACGGAGAACUGACAGGGCUACGGAACGGCUUCCUGGCGAAGGACCUGCAGGCCGAGGCCCUCAGCAAGCUGGACCAGAGAGUCAAGUCCACCGCCGAGCAGUUCAUGAAGCUCCUGGAGCAGAUGGACACCAUGAGUUUCCCAGAAAACUUCAGCGACUGCCGGAUGAAGAAGAAGGGACUCGUCAAAACGGUUCAGGACUUCCUCGCUCAGUGCGACCGGAUCGAGGCGGGAAUCUCUGACCACCUGGCCAAGAUCCAGUCCAAGAACCUGGCCUUGGCCGACUGAGGAAGAGUGUGAGGAAGAAGACGUCGCUCUUCCUCCCCUGCGGUCUGCGGCCCACUGCUCUGUGAGCAGAACACAGACUGGUGCUUAGGGUUCAUCUGACUGCAGUAAAACCCUGAAUAUAUUUUUAUGGAAAUUACUAUUUAAAACAAUCUCCCAAAAAAAAAAAAAAGCAUCAUAACAAAAGCACCACCAAGACAUUCUUGGUCAGUGAAUCGACUUUGUGGUCCUCUUUUUUGUUUGUUUGUUGCUGUUGUCGUCAUAUUAAGAUUGCGUGACUGAUUUUGAGCACAGACCUCAGCUGUGUGUGUGUGUUUUACAGUACAGACCUGUGUGUGUGUUUUACAGUGUUUGUGUGGGUGGCAUGUAAUUCGGCCGUGAGUUCUGAAAAAAUGUACCUGCAAAUAAUGUCCUUUCUUGUUGUUGUUGGGACAGUAGAGGCUAAUUUAUGCUUCGGCGACAGAGUCGUGGGAAAUGUCUGCAGACAGAAGUGAUGCGAAUUCGACACUUUCGACGUCAAACUGACACUUUUCAGCGUCAGCGACGGGAGUCCUGUUAUGAUUGGUCGACUUAAAUGAAGACAAAAGGUUUCCAUGGUGAGGAUACUAGUUUACUACUAGGCUACCUGUUUUAUUGAAUGAAGAAUUAUGAAUGUUAGCUAGCAAAAGCUAGCGCCUCUGAACUAUAAAUGCAAGACACUUCAUCACCGAAGCAUAAAUUAGCCUUGUGUGGCUAAACAGUGUGAUGUCAUAGAGAAGGAAUCGGUACUGUUCCGCAGUAAAGCAGUCUAUGGUGCUGGGGUGUCACCUGACCAUGCUACCUGUGCUAACCUGCCCCUUUUCCGUUUCUGUUUGAUCAAUCCUGUUACCACCUGCCCGUUUAUAUGACUUAAAGGGGAACUGCAACCCAA